AUGAGUAAUUUAACAGAAAGUAUCAUCGCUGUAUUUCUUGACAAACAAGUCGAUGUGUUAAGCGAUACAGAAUUGAACAAUGCACUUACCGCUCAAGGAAUUAAGUUUAAUCCAGGUGAUGUACGUCGACAAGUCCAAAUGCUUAGUCCAGCUUUCUUUCAAUUGACAUCCAGGUACGACGGAACGUGGAAUAUUCGAGUUGAACCACAGCUUGCAGUUUGUCAGGAUUUUCUCGAUGGUCAGUGUAAAUCUGAUGAACCAGCGUGUGAUAAACUGCACAUCUGUCGACAUUUUUUCGAUAGACAUUGUCAUAAUAAAGCUUGUUCCUUUCCACACAACUUCAAUCAAGGAAACAAUCGUAGACUAGCUGUACAGAAUCAUUGUCAGAAUAUUAAUCCGAUGCUAAUUUGCAAACUGCUUCGUAGAAUGAAAACAUCAACAAUGCCCAAACCAACACGACAAGCACAGCGGGGAGGUCAUCGCGGUGGUCGAGCUGACCAUCGAGGUGGAAGAGGACGUGGUCGUGGUCGUGGCCGUGAUCGUGGUGGUGGCCGUGGUUUUACUCGUCACGUAUCGACAAGAGUGAGGGAUGAUGUUACUCGACAGGUGGAACUUAGCUAUCCGUCAUCGAGUCACGCCCCACAGAUGGAUAUGGAAAUGAUUGAAAUGCUUUUAAAACUCCAGGAUAUAGAAAUUGAAGAGAAAUUCAAUGAAAAAGAAGACGAUUAUUUUCGCCGACGUACUAUUCAAUUAAAACAAACAAGUGAUGUAGACAAACUUCUUCGAAUGUCAAUCCUUAAACAUCAUGGUAUUGACAUAAAAUUUAAGUCUGUGAAUCAAACGAUUGAUAAGAAAAGUUUCCUAUUGAAAACGACAAUCGAUAAUGAAUCUGACAAGAUCAGUCAACCUCGUUUCGCUCUAUACAUCUCAACACUCGUUGGAAAAGACGUAAAAACUCAUGUACAAGAUCUCUCAUCCGAAAAUGAACAGAUCAUUCUAGUCCAAUGUGAUACUGGUGUCGACUCUACUCAGCUAUGUCGAGCGCAUGAAUCUCGACCACAUCUGUACGGCAAACGAAUCAGUUUAGUACAAAUUUAUGAUAGUAGCGGCGUGGAGGUUCAUCAUAAUGAUAGUAAUCAAUCAAUGACUGUCGAUGAUGUAAAAGCUAUUUUUCAGUCAGUCUGGGAUGAUAUCUUUGCAUAUGAUUUUCCCACAGAUGAGUCCGCCGAAGUAGAUUUCAUUAGUGUCGAUGCUAUGAAACGCUGGAUGUCAAUAAAUGAAUCAGUGGAAAACAAAUUUGACGUUACAAUUACUCCAAUUCUCGACAACGUCGAAGAAGACAGCACUCCACGAUCGGACGCCGAGCAAACGACACUACUUAACAGUAAUAGUGCUACUCGUUUAACUACGACUUCACCACCUGUUAAUGCAUCUUGUCAAACAGUCAUCAAACUUCUUCCGCAUUGGGCUUUAAUUGCGAGCCAUGCGAGAUUUGGAUCUGAAUACAAAGCAUUUAUCCACAAUGAUUUUGGAGGCGAAGUUCAUGUGAAUCAAGACGAAGCCAUUUAUUCUGGUACUUUUCCAUCGAAUAGUCAAGGCGCGUGCAAAGAAGCAAUUCUGGGAAAUAAAACACGAGAUUUUAUGAAACAAUUCCAGUAUAAAACAUGCCAGGCACUAAAUCACGAUCAAAUAAAGACUCUUCAAGAAAAAUCUGAUUAUAUCGCGUAUAAACAAGUGAAUGGACAAGAUUAUUUAGUAGCAGCAAAAUUCAGCCACAUGGCAGAAUUACGAAGUGCAUGGUAUCACGAAAAACAAACAAAUCCUCGAUUGGAACGGAUUCCACCGCUCAUGAAAGGAUUUUCCACUCAAAAUAAUGUUUCAAGGUCAUCAUCAAUCACUUCUUUAAAUUCUAACACGACUGAACAGUUUCAUAGUUUACCGACGAUACCAGCUGGUAUGUCGAGUUCAACAUAUACUAUGUACGCACACGAGGAAAUCAUCAUGUUUUCAAUCGAAAGAUUCGAAGAUCGUUUGAAGCAACAUUUACAAAAUGUCUUUCAUGUUAAAACGACCAUUGAAAGACGAAAUCUCAGUGAGACGACAAAAGGCAUACGCCCUUGUAUUAUCGUGAAAGUUACCGGUGAUGAAAAUGAAGCACAGAAUGCUAUACAAGACGUGAUGGACUUGUUUUCAUCGAAGCAAACAAAAACAUACGAUGACGAAACUGAUGGUUACUGGACGAAAAUCAACGACGUAGUCGAAGUUAUUCACUAUCAUUUCAAAUUAGCAGACCUCACUUGUAUUUGCGAUCGAAUUUCUCCGUCAGCGGUAGCUGCCCACUAUUUUGACAUGUUCAACCCACAAUUCGGCAUUGACGAACAACAAAUCGAUGAUAUUGUGCAAAAUAAGUUUUCAUCUACAGUAGUUCGUUAUACUGCUCAAUCAGUUGGCUCUACCCUUCAGAAAGAAUGGACGGAUUUGGAAGCGAAAGUUCGCAGGCGAGCUGACUACAAGAAGAACAUCUGUUUCGAAACACAAUCGAAUACCAUUCAUUUGUUUGGUGUAUCCGAUUUAGUCAAAGAGUACCAUCAAAAGUUUGAACAACUGAAAAACAAACAUGAACCACAAAGAUGUAAAAUCGAAUUAUCAGAUAAACAAUUCAACUAUUUGAAACAUGUAGCCAAGAAUGAUCUUGCCAAACUUGAAGCACGGUAUAAAUCGAGUGGAUGUGAUCUCAGUUUGAAUCGUCUACGUGAAGAUGGUGAAUUUCUCGCUCCGGUUGACCUACAUUCGAAAAUCAAAGAGUGUCUAAAUGAGAUCACGCAAAUCGAAGAACUAUCAUUUGAAAUUAGAGAACUCGGUUUCGAUGUGUUUGUUACCAAGAAUUUCGAACGAAUUCGACAGAUUGUCAAACCUAAAUGUUACGUAGAAAAAACGAUUGACACACACCGAGAAUAUAUUCCGAUUCCAAAAGCACGUGCCGCCGAUCUUGACGAAGGAAUAAAAGACAAACAAAAUACGACAUCAGCAACAGCUUCGAUGGCAUCUUCGACUGCAACUAGUGCGGUUGUUGACCAUUCGACGGUCAAUAUCUGUGUAGGUGACUUAACUACACAAGCGGUUGAUGCCAUUGUUGUAUGCUCCACAUCCCAAUAUCUGUGUUCAGCAAUUGUGAAGAAAGCUGGAGGAUCAGUCGUAGACGAAUAUCGCUCAAUACAGUCAUCGGAUGGCUUUCCAAGUGCAACCAAUGCUGGUGAAUUGCCGUGUAAAAAGAUCUUUUUCAUUCCGUGGUCGGCAGAUACGAACGAUGACGAUGAUGUUCAAGCGUCGCUAAGUGUAUUUAUUGGAACGGCAUUUCAAUAUGCUUCUAGCCAUGCAUUUAAAAGCAUUGCUUUUCCAACUGUUGGUUGUGGUGGUUUCAAAAUUUCUCCAUUAACAAUCGCCAAGUAUAUGCUGAAGGAAAUACAAAAACAAUUGAAAUUUUGUAAGCAAAAAAUGAAUAUCUCCGUUGUCGUUCUUGCCGAUCAAAAAGAUGUUUUCGAUGCAUUUAUUCAACGUCUUAAUGAAUUGAUUACUGUUGAUCCGAACAUCAAUGAGAAAACUUCACCGGCGAGAAGAACAGAUCAGUCGAGUAUUGCAUUCGAUCGUAAAGUCGUUAAAAUAACACUAAUCAGUUCAACAAACGAUCAUUUAAUAAGAUGCAAACAAGAGAUUUUUAAUUUGGUACGCGAUGUUUCCAUUACAAAGAAACUGACUGACAAACGAGACAUGCUUGAUUGGCCGCAAAAGACAAUCUACAAGUUUUACGAAUUUUGUCUUAAGCAAAUCGUUAUUCCAACGCUCGAUCUCGAUAAUAUCACACUUGAACUUGCCGGAAUCAAAGAUGGAGUACAUGAAGCUGAGAAAUAUUUUUAUCAAUUAACAAACGAAGCAUUGAAACAAGAACGCAUUCAUGCCGUGUCACGUGGUGUUAUUUGGUCGAUGGAGAAAACACCCAAUUCAGACACAUGGGAACAGUAUUCGUUUAAACUAAACGGAAUAAUUGAAGAUGCUUAUCUGAAAAAACUUCCUCAAAUUGAAUUUACCAAUGAUAAGGACGAAAAAUGUAGGAUAGAUUUUGCUACGAUGGUAGAAAAUGGUUCCACAUCUCGUCGUGUACGUCGAAAGCCUAUAGAUUCGACAUUACCAAGCACUUGGGAACCAUCAGAUAAAAAUUGUAAACGAGUUACAUUACCAGCAGAGUCGCCGGAAUAUCAAAAUGUACUUGCACGGUUUCAUACAACCAUGCUUGGUAAAUAUGCUCAAAUAGUUAAAAUCGAGCGUAUUCAAAAUGAGCGAUGGUACAAACAGUAUGAUGCGCAUCGCGAAGAUUUCAAACGACGUUAUUCGACCUUAGAUGAACGUCAACUGUUUCACGGCUGCCCUAAUACAUCUGUUGAUCAGAUUAUUGAAAACUGUUUUAAUCGAUCAUUUGCCGGUGUCAACGGUACGCUAUACGGUUUUGGCGUGUAUUUUCAUGCUCAAGCAAUUUAUAGUCACCAAUAUGCACCUGCAAAUAGUGCAGGACAACGUACAAUGUUUCUAGCAAGUGUUCUUAUUGGUAAAACAACCAAGGGUGAUGCAAGUAUGAAAACUGUUCCAACUGGCUUUGAUACAACUACGGACGGACAACAUAUCUUUGUUGUCUAUCAUGACGCCGGUGUUUAUGCAGAUUAUUUGAUCACCUAUAAAUAA